UGUAAGUAAAGUAAGCCUCACUUGAAUCUUUGUUGUUGUUGUUGGUUGUAAUGUUCAUCACACCUACAUUAUCCGUUAAGCUUCCCUUUGUGAUCCUAUUGUGUUAAUGAGCAAAACAGGACAUGCCGAAUAUCUAAUAAAAUGUAUUCUUGGCUGGGGGCCAAUGCAAGGGGAAACAAAAGAGCUACCACUGGGCUUUGCUCUUUCACUGAGCUGUCUUAAACACUACAGGUACACCCUCAGCCAUUUCGAAUUUUCGCUCUCAGGAGCAAUACUGCUGCUUUGUAUUUAUAGAUUGCAUAUUUUUUAAGGAGCCAGCCAUUUCCACAGACCGGACUCUACUCUCAUGACCACUGAAGCGGAGAGCGGGUAGAGGGAUAUGUCAUGGCUGCUGGAUUUGUUUACUCUCGCAAGAAAUCAGGUGGCGUCAGGUUUCUUCCCCCUACGCCGGCUGGAAGUCCAGUGGGGUUGGCAUCUCUACAUAACACAGGCCAGACCCUGGGUUGUGAGCUGAGAGCUCUGAUUGGUCAGAAAGGCGAGCAUAGCCUGACCACAUUGGUUCUGGGCUCCCCUGUUGUUACUUCACAGCAUUCUGCAGACCUGUCCACCAAUCACAGGGCUCCUUACUGGGUGAAAUGCUAAAGAGUGCCAGGAGCCCCUAGCAACGCUGUGGCUUUUGAAAUCUGGAGAGGGGAACCGUGAGUAAUCAGCCCGAUAGUGCAGGAUAGUACCUGCAGAUGCCCCAGGAAGAGACAGCUCUCGGGAUGGACGCCCCAUCUGCUGAAAAACUAUUAGAAAAGCAAAACAAAAAGCUCGAAAACCAGGAAGAGGAGGGACUGGAGUUUAAGGAACUGGAUGGUCUGAGGGAAGCCUUGGCAAACCUCCGGGGACUGUCCGAGGAGGAGAAGGGUGAGAAGGCGAUGCUUUGCUCCCGCAUCCAGGAGCAAUCCCAGCUCAUCUGCAUCCUGAAGCGGAGGUCAGACGAAGCCCUGGAGCGCUGCCAGGUCCUGGAGCUGCUCAACGCAGAACUGGAGGAGAAGAGGAUGCUGGAGGCCGAGAAGCUGAAAGCCAAGAGUGAGCAUGCCGAGAAGCUGGAGGAACGCUUUAUGACCCUGGCAGCCAACCACGAGCUGAUGAUCCGCUUCAAGGAUGAACACAAGAAUCAGAACGUCAAGCUGAGAGAGGAGAACGAGAAGCUGAGGCUGGAGAAUGACCACCUCUUCAGCCAGGCUCUGAAGGACCAGGAGGUCAAAGUAGCUCAGCUCACCGCCCAGAGCGAGGCCCUGGCCAAGGAGCUGGAGACUCUGAAACAGCGGAGUGCUCAGGAUGCUUGCCAGGCACAGGCCCGAGAGAAGGAGCUGCUGAAGCUGCAGAGCCAGCAGGCCUGCGCCCACGCCAGGGAGACCGAGCAGCUGCGCAGCCAGCUGCAGAGCCUCAAGCAGCAGCACCAGCAGGCCACGGAGCAGAUGGCCAAGGCCGAGCAGACACACAGCCUACUGAACCAGGAGCUGCAGGCCAGGCUGCAGACCGUCAGUCGUGAGAAAGAGGAGCUAUUGCAGUUGUCCAUGGAGAGGGGCAAGGUGCUCCAGAACAAGCAAGCAGAGAUACGCCAGCUUGAGGAUAAGCUGGAGACAGCAGAUGUGGCCAGGAGGCACGCAGUGGAGCGGUUUGAACAAGAGGCAGUGGCCGUGGACAGUAACUUGAGAGUUCAGGAGCUUCAGCGCAGGGUGGAUGGGAUCCAGAAGGCCUAUGAUGAACUCAGGCUGCAGUCUGAAGCCUUCAAAAGGCACAGCCUGGAUCUCUUAAGCAAAGAGAGAGAGCUCAAUGCCAAACUUCGCCAUCUCUUUCCAUAAGAAAGCUUCUGCUUCCUCUGGCCUCUCACUUAGAAUUCAAGUAUUUGUGCCUUAGCAUAAUGGCAAGAGUAAAGAUGGUAUUCCAUUUAUUAUACUUUCAAGUACAAAAGACCCCUCAAAGAAAAGCUACUUUACUGUGAUGAUGUUGCUAUUGUAAGGAUAACACUAAUUUUAGUGCCACCACCUAGAAUACAUGAUAUUUACCAAAUUUCUUUCUGUCUCUUUAAAAUCUUCCUAAGUUUGCUGUCAAUAUCUCCACCUCCCCCAUACAUUUUUCAUUCUCAACCUCAGAUAUCCUAAGUUUUUAAAUUAGCAGUGCUUAUGGAUGUAAGUGAAUCUUAAAAGUGCCUAGUUGGGAUGUGCUAAUGUGAGGAAAAAAAUGGCUUAAUAAGCCCUUGUAAAUAGGUAAGCUUGGAGUCUCCCAUAGUAGCAUGGAUAACUUGCAGAAAAGCGACUGAUUUUGUAACUGGCCAAACAGUUGCUCACUUUACCUGCUUUAUGGCAAUAUCCUUUUGAUUUUAUUUGAUUUAUACUGGCUUGGAAAACAAAGAUUGAGUUCAUUUAGUUCUAAACUAGGCAAACUUUAUUAUAAUCAUUCUACAUGAGCAAUAAGAUUCAAAUAAGUAAAAUCAACCCAUUUUAAUUUUUCCAGAAUGCUUAGGUCACAUGCCAUUUUCUUGUUUUUUUUUUUCUUAAUAAAAAUUAGAAUUUGAGGUGCAAAAAA